GAAAGACCCUUUCGUGCAAUCGGCCCCAGACAACGGAAUCCAACUGGUUGAGUUUCUUAUUUCGGGGAUUAUGAUACAUUUUUCAUUUCAUAAUUUUCUUUAAACAACUGGAUUAUUUGAAAAUAAGAAGUAUCCUGUUCCUCGAAUUUAUUUCCUCGACCCAUGCAAAAACUACAGAAACAGGCAUAGAAAGUGCAUGUCAUCAUGGGAUGCGGAUCUUCUCGGAGUUACCCUUAUGAGGUCAGUCAGCAAUGGGAAUCAGUAGAGAAAACCAUUGAGUCGAGGGGUCGACAGAAUCGGGUCACCAUCAGACGAUCGGGCUGGAAGACUGUAAGAGUAUUUGUGUCAUCUACGUUCCGUGACUUUCAUUCAGAGCGGGAUGUCUUGGUCAAAGAGGUGUUUCCUGACUUACGAGAGUGGUGCGAGAAGAGGAGGUUACAUCUUGUAGAAUGUGAUCUGAGAUGGGGAGUACCAAAAGAUACUACAACUGAAGAAACUCUUAGGACAUGUCUGAGCGAGAUCGAUAGAUGCUAUCAAGAAAACAUCAUGCCUUUCUUUCUUAACAUGACCAGUGAAAGAUGUGGAUGGAUCCCAGGUUUAGAGGAAGUUCCAUCGAGUGUGGUGAGCGAUUAUCGUUGGAUUCAUGGCUUGUCCAUCACAGAGAUGGAGAUCAUGCAUGGUGCCUAUCGAAAAGAAAACCCAAACUCCCUGUUUGCCUUGAGAGACGAGUCUUUCAUCAGUGAGAUACCUGAGAAAUAUAAACAGGAGUUUGUUGAUAGCAACCCCAUAGCAACCCAUAAACUCAAGAUGCUUAAGGAGAUGCUGCAGAAUAGAUUUGGGUUCGAUAAAGUCUUCAAGUAUUCAUGUUCGUACAAUGGGAUUGAUAUUGAUACUGGUAAGGUGGAUCUUGGUGAUCUGGAUGAAUUUAAGGUCAAGGUAUUUGAUUUCUUCAAGAAGGCCAUUGGAGAGCAGUAUCCUCUUGAUGAGAGUAGACAGCUAGAUCCCUAUGAACAGGACAAAGAAGCUCAUGAAUCAUUCAUGAAGAGCAGAAGCAGUAUCCUCCUAGGACGGAAGGAUAUCUUAGAAAAGAUUGAAUCAUAUAUCAUGGACAAAGAGAAAUGCAGUGCUCUCAUUCUCCUUGGUGGACCAGGGAGCGGAAAGUCUUCUCUCCUAGCUCGCGUUGCUGAUGUAGCAUGCUUGAGGGUUGCCAAGGGAGAUAUACCAAGUGGACAGGGACCAUGGAACAUAUUCUAUCACUUUGUAGGGGCCAUCCCUGGAUCCACAAACCCAGAAAAAAUGAUCAAACGACUCUUGAGAGAACUUAAAGUCUGCAAUGAUUCUAACAUGCCAAAGGAUUAUGAAUCAGCAUGUCAGAUUGCUAGUAGCACCCUCUCAAACCCAAACACCAAGCCAACAAUUAUUGUCAUUGAUGCCCUAAAUCAGCUUGAUGAAGACAGAACUGCUUCUACAUUGAGAUGGCUACCGUCUAAGUUGGCACCUCAGGUUCGUUGCAUCUUUUCUAUGAUCAAUGAGACUCCACCUCAUCGUAUGCUGAAAGAGAGAAAGAAUAAACCAGUAGAGUUACCUGUUACUCCACUUGAUAUGGAAUCUAGAAGGGAGAUUGUCUCUGAGAUCCUUGGGAAGUUCAACAAGCGUCUUGAUGAAGAACAGAUGAUAAGCCUUCUCAGCAAGGAAGCAUCCCAGAAUCCUCUCUGGUUGUCCAUCGCUUGUGAAGAGCUCAGAGUCUACGGUGUCUUCGCCAAGGUCACAGACAAGAUCAACACCCUAGCAGAUGGUCUCCUAGAGCUCCUGGCUCAAGUCCUGGAGAGAUUUGAAGACGAGAGUGGAGGGAGUCUGAUGGUAGCGACCCUUUGUCUUCUAGAAUGCUCCUCAUCUGGUCUCCUGGAAGCUGAACUCUUGGCCAUUCUUGGAGAUGAAGAUAACCUCAUGCCUUCAGAUGAUGGAGAGAACAACAAAGAAAAGGGUGCAAGUGAAAAGAAGGAGAAAUCCACCAAGCUCCAACCCCUACCUGCCGUCAAGUGGGCCAAGGUUUACCGUGCCCUACGACCUUUCCUGCGACCUUUCGGUGAUAGCGGGGAAGGACGUCUCGACUUCUAUCACCGCUCCCUGAGCAAGGCCAUCAGGAAGAAGUAUUUCAAUGCCCGGCUGGCUGGGGAAGGGGAGGAGGAUGAAGAUGGUGGUGCAGCAAUGAAUGAAACCCUGCUAAGAUGGUGGAACACUAAGCUUGCUGAUUACUUUGAAAAUGUCUCCAAUAUUGAGAGGAAAGUGGAGGAAUACCCAUACCAGUUGAUCAAGCUUGGAGACAAGAAGCGUUUGACAGAGUGCAUCUGUGAUUGGGAUAUGAUUGAGGGUCUGUAUGAUGAAGACUACAGCUCACAGCUUCUCUCUUACUGGAGAAAGAUGGAUGAGAAAUAUGACACAAUGGCUUCUAAAUUCACAGAGAUGAGUGAAGCUAUGACAGGUGAUGAUCAUAAGAAUACUGCUGAUAAGCUUAGCUGUCUUGCACACAUUCUGACGCAAGCUGGUCAAUACAAAGCAGCGCAGGGUAUCAUCAAUAAGGUCCUAACGAUAGAGACUGAUGAAUUAGAUUCUCAACCAGAGAGAUUGGUGGAGAUCUAUGAUCUCUGUGGUGAACUCUUUGAUGAGAUUGCUAAGCUUCAUGAUUUCAUCACAAGAGAACAGAUUUCUGAUCUGAGACCAGCCAUAGACUACUGCAGGAAAGCUGUCGCAAUCAGAGAAACGUUAGAAGGACCUUCUCAUAAGUUCAAAUUAGCAAACACAUUGAUGAGGCUGGCUUUCUCUCUGAAUACAUGGAUGGAAUGUGGAGGUGAUAACACACUCUUGCCUGCUGAAGCCUACGAUGAAUCUAAGAAACACAUUGAAUCCUCAAUCCAGAUGUUCAAAGAGGUAACAAUUCAUCGUGUCGGUGCAAGAAGGUCCUUAACACCACAUUUUUGUGCAUCACAUGCACGCAAAAAUGCCCUUAGCAUCAAGCUUAAGGACAUUGCAUAAGGGAGUACCUGCUCCAAUGUGGUGCGCAAAAAUGUUUUCUAAGGGCUUUCUUGCUCCGAUAUAACAAAUUCUGCCCUACCAUGGCAAAAGGAAACAAGUAUCAAAUAUGUAAUUCCGUAUGAUAUGGUACAUGUAUUAAUGCUGGUUUUCAAAUUGAUCCCGGUGCCGUAGCGGGACGGCGAGACCGCUAUAAACCCUCUGUAUCUUCAUUAAUACUGUAAACGCUGUUUUUUGGCGGGAUUAAUUUUUCGCGCUUGGCGGCUUCAAAACAUUUUCGCGGGUUCUUAAAUUCGCGCAGCACACUCCAUAAAUCAAAAAGUCACUUCCUUCUUCCCCAUUUGUGAAUGGUUUUAAUUAACAUUUUAGCGAUGAAAUUGUUUUUUCCGAUCAUAAUUCUAGCUCUAAAGCGGCAUAAUUCAGCAUUGUUUUGAUCCAAUCAUGAGCUUUUGUGACAUUUAGUGCAACUUUUCUUUGCGGAGCGGACAUCGGGGAAGGCAAAACAGAGGCGCUGCUGGCCUGGUAUGGACGGCCAAGCACCGGGUAAGGACCGGGGGAUUAUGGUUAUUCAAAGUGCAUGGGAUCAAUCAACAAACCUGGGAGAUCGCACAACAAACCUGGGAGACCCAGGUCGAAAUUCCUAUAGGCUGAGUUUUCUAUAGGACCCAUAGACACCUAUAAGCCUACGGGGUUCUAUAUGGAAAUGGUAUAUAGGAAACCCAUUGACUUCUAUGAUGUCUAUAGGAAAAAUGAUACAAAAGGACGUAAGGAAGUCUAUAUGGGACUGAUAGAAAAUCCCAUAGAUCUUUAUAGUACCAAUAGGAAAUGCUAUGGGUGCCUAUAGGACCACUAUAAAUGCUAUGCCUAUGGGUGUCUAUUGGCCCAAUAGAAAAUGCUAUGGGUGUCUGUAGGACCAAUAGAAAAUGCUAUGGGUGUCUAUUGGCCCAAUAGAAAAUGCUAUGGGUGUCUGUAGUACCAAUAGAAAAUGCUAUGGGUGUCUAUUGGCCCAAUAGAAAAUGCUAUGGGUGUCUGUAGGACCAAUAGAAAAUGCUAUGGGUGUCUAUAGGACCAAUAGAAAAUGCUAUGGGUGUCUGUAGGACCAAUAGAAAAUGCUAUGGGUGUCUGUAGGACCAAUAGAAAAUGCUAUGGGUGUCUAUAGGACCAAUAGAAAAUGCUAUGGGUGUCUGUAGGACCAAUAGAAAAUGCUAUGGGUGUCUAUUGGCCCAAUAGAAAAUGCUAUGGGUGUCUAUAGGACCAAUAGAAAAUGCUAUGGGUGUCUAUAGGACCAAUAGGAAAUGAUAUGGGCGUCUAUAAUAGAUAGGACCAAUUGAAAAUGCUAUGGGUGUCUACAGGAUGAAUAGAAAAUGCUAUGGGUGUCUAUAGGACCAAUAGAAAAUGCUAUGGGUGUCUGUAGGACCAAUAGAAAAUGCUAUGGGUGUCUAUAGGACCAAUACGAAAUGAUGUGUGUGUCAUUAUAGGACCAAGGGAAAUCAUAUUGGUAUCUAUAUGGGACAAAUAUCUGGGGAGGGAACGGGCUCUAUGGGGUAGAUGCAUGUAGUUCAUAUCGUAACUGACUUCAUGAAGCGUCUGAAGAGGCGGAAAUCAAUGAAAACUGAAUAAAAAAUGUUUAGAUAUCUAGAAUUUCUCAUAAUUCAACUCUAUCACUGUGUUUCCUAGAUUCAGUACUAUAAUGGUAUGUUGGUUCAGUCACAUACUUUUAAAUAGCCUUAAUGCAUUUUUAUCAGAAAUAUAUGUGAACGUUCAUGAAAGUGAUAACGAUAUGCCUGCAGCUAAUGGUACUGAUCAGCAUUAAGAAUAUCCUUGUUGCAAACACCUUUUCUGGAAAAGAUAGUCAAUGGUAAUUUGGAAAUAUUCAAAUGAAAUAAUUCAAUGUCUGAAAGUCUCUAGAGCUCAUUUCAUGGGUGAUUUUAUUCACUGAAUCACAAAUCAGCAAUGCAAUGCUAACAAAGAUUUCCAAUUUGUAAAAUAUAUCAUGUUUUCCCAGGUUGCCUUCAUAAAGUGAAAAUCACAUGAAGCUGCAAGCACAAAAAGUUAGCAAUAUAAUUCAAACAUUUUAAAUAUAGUAGGAAAGUCUUUACCACUUGGAAGUUUAGCAAAUGAUAAGAAGUUUGACAAAUCAAUAAAUCCUUACAUACAGUGUAAGUAUUAACGUUCCAUUUUUAAGUUUAUGUCCAUGUUGAUUAAUGUAGGCAUUAUGCAUUAAGUAAGUU